GCAGCCGCAGCAGCAGCAGCCGACACAGACAGACAGCCGGCGAGUCGGCGGUUUCCGGCCAGCAGCGCAAGCAGGGCCCGCACCCGUCUCUCUGGCAGGCCGGAGUCGGCGGAGGCGCAGAGAAGCGCAGCUCGGUUGCCAGCAGCGAGAAGAAGGAAGAGGAGGAGGAGGAGGAGGAGAGCGACAGCGGCAGCAGCGGAAGCGGCAGCGGCAGCAGCAGCGGCGACGACAGCGACGAGGAGAUGGAGCGCCGGCGCGCCGACGAGCCGGCCGUGCCCGACCUGGGCGCGCCCGUCCAGCUGUACGUGUACGACCUGACGAGGGGCAUGGCCGCCGUCAUGUCGCACAUGCUGCUCGGUCGCCACGUGGAAGGCAUCUGGCAUUCAGCGGUCGUUGCGUACGGCCGCGAAUACUUCUUUGGAUCUAACGGUGUGCAGAGCUGCAACCCGGGUGGCACUGUUUUGGGAGAUCCUGACAGAGUAAUAGAUCUUGGUGAGACAUACAUACCAUACCCUGUCUUUCUGGAAUAUAUUCUUGGAUUAGGUGAAUCAACAUUCAGACCAAUAUCGUAUGACAUAUUCUCACACAACUGUAAUAACUUCUCUCAUGAAGUAGGACAAUUCCUCUGUGGAAAGGGGAUUCCCAAAUAUAUACUUGAUCUGCCAGAAGAAGUUCUUUCCACGCCCCUAGGGCAGAGUCUUCGUCCUGUUAUUGAUAGCCUGAAUCAAAUUUCAAGAGGUGUUGGAAUAAACACUGGUAGUGAUCUGAGAAAUUACACACCACAAGAUUCACGUCGAAGCCGUCAGGAAUCACCAGAAUUUGCUGAAUUAAAUUCAGCUAUCGAAGAAGUCAGGCGUAAUUCUGUAGCACUUGAAGAAAGACGAAAUGUUAUUAAUGAGAAACUAGCAAAGAAAGACCGCAAAAAGAAGAAGAAAAAGAAGCGUGAAAAGAAGAGGAUAGAUCAGGAGUGUGGAAGUAGUUCGGCCGAGUUCACUCCCGACAGUGCUAGUUCAAGUCCAAGUCGAACAAACAUGGCUGACAGUGUUAUUGAAGCACCUGAGGAGCAGCAGCAGCAACAAGAUGAGGAAGAGAAAAGGCCACAGCAGUCUGCUGCCGAUGUGGUGGCUGAAAUAGAGGCCGAGGAGAGGAAGGAGCGUGAAGAGAGAAAGAAGCAACGUGAACCACCCAUUGUGUUUAAAGAUGUUGUCAGUGUACCUGCAGAGUUUGAUUCUCUUGUGGAUAAAGUGGAAAACAUUUUAAAUGCUGAAGAGCGGCAAUCCUUGGAGGAGCUUCACCAAUAUAUGUUAGAAGAUGAAGGAUCAUGGGCGCUUGGAGAUGGAUUCCUUAACUUUGUUGGUCGUGUACUUCAUGAUACAUCUCUCAAUCCAGAAGUACGAGUACAUUUGUUAAACUUACUAGCAGCAGCUGCACUCAAAGAUGACGUCAUACUUCUCUUGCACCAAGACCGUCGAGAGCAUGUUCUAAUGAAUUAUGCACAUGAUGUGGACAGACUAACACAGGCAGAACAGGAAUCCCUUGCACUCUUUAUUUGUAACAUGUUUGAAAACUUGAGCAGUUCAGAGUGGCUUUUGUACAUCUCAGAGUGGGAAUACUGUGGGCGAACUAUUAGUAACAUACGUGUUACAACGAAGGUGGCUGUUCAUUCUCUCCUCUCAGAUAUUCCAUUGCUGCAAGAACGAGGCUCUGCCAUAAUCCACAACUUGGCCUGCAAGGAGAGAAUGAGCAUAAACAAAAAUCUUAGAAGACUUUUACCCCGUGGAUGCAAGUCAAAGGUGUUUGAUGAUGUAGCUGUCGAGUUGACAAUGGCACUCCUGCAGUUCUUCAACAGCAGCCCUCCAGAAGAGCAUUUAUUCCGUUGCAUGAAAGCUCUUGCCCGUUUCUGUCACAUUGCAAGCCAAGAUGUGCCACAGCUCAUCCAGAUGAUUGGUCCUGAGCCAACAAAAUUCCGUGGCACUUCAGAGAGAAUUGAUGCACUUAUUGAUCAAAUUGCAUCACGCUUACAUUAAUUACAUUAAUUAAUUACAUUAAUUAAUUAAAGGGACAUGAGACUUUUAUUCAAGUUAUGUAAUACUGAAAUGUUUCUUGUGUAUAUAAUUUGAUUAUUUCGACACUUCUUUUGUAUUUUGUGGAAUUGUACAAAGGCUGUAAUAAAAGUAAUAGUAUUUGAAUUGUUAAAAAUGCA